AUGGCGGACUUGGUACAAGUUCCCGGGCGAGUAAACCACGAAGGAGCUGCAAACCUUCAGGAGAUGUUGAACGAUGUUCGAGAGACCAUCGCCCCACUUUGGCCUCUACGCGACUUCGUGGCAGUGAAUCCUUUUGUGGGCAUGAGUAAACACACGUUUCUAGACGCUCGAGCCGAGCUUCGACGUGUUCGGAACGCAGAGAUGAUGAUGCCCGCGGGCCAUUACCUCCGACUAUUCGAGUCGGGACAAAUUGAUGCCGAGGAUGUCGAACAGGCAGUUGACCAGUGUAAGGAAGCUUAUCCCGAGCAAUACCAAUCGAUAUGCUCUGAAGAGGUGUUUUCCUGGCUUGAGAACGAUUCUUCGUCGGGACCGUUCUGGGAUGAUGAAUUCCGACUCAAAACCAUGGCCGAGACGAUUGACUGCGCACGCUCGUCCGACUGGUCUUCAACGAUCGUCGACAGUAUUUCCCGCUUCUGUGCCGCUCAUUAUGACCAGGGGCAAUCGAUCUGGCCGAGUCCUUGGAAAGGGUUGUCCCUCUACUCGGCUUGGCACGAAGCUGCUCAACUCGAUCGGCGGGUAGAGAAGCUCGGAUUAAACGGAUUUCGUGAAACGGUCUCUCAGCUACCUAGUGAUCCACUAGCUGCGAUUGAGCACCUGCUGAAGAAGCUCGGUGUGCCUUCCGAGCAGAGAUAUGAAUUCUGUUUAAGUCAGCUCUAUAGCGUUUCUGGGUGGGCCGCCUAUGCGAAGUAUCGAGAUGAGCAGAAUGCUGCCUCGCCGGGCGACGACUUAAUCGGAUUGCUGGCGAUUCGGCUGGCAUUCGAUGCGGCACUCAAAAAGUUGACUGGAUUUGUCAUCAAGUGGCAGACGAGAGAUGCGAGCUCGGAAUUGUCUGCUCCACACUGGGAUCAGAGUCGUCAGCUUAGUCGCGACGUGCUUUAUCGAUACUUGCUGAUGGUCGCGAGCGAGAUUCACUACCGAGAGCAGCUUUGCUCGGCCAUAGAGAAGAAUCAAUCUACAGAUGCCGAGGUUUGCGGGCGAAAAACGGCUCAGAUGGUCUUCUGUAUCGAUGUUCGUUCGGAACGUAUGCGGCGUCAUCUGGAAGCAAUCACCGACGAUAUCGAAACCUUCGGUUUUGCGGGUUUCUUCGGGAUGCCGAUCGAACACAUCCCGCUAGGAGAAGCAAAUGGUACGGCCCAGUGUCCCGUGCUAAUCCGCCCCGGUUUCGCGGCCAGAGAAGGAUUGGGCCCUGAUGAAACGGGCUCGCAGGUUCAACUCGUCUCAAGCCGGCGAAAGACUCGACUCUUCAAGAAAAUGUGGAAGUCAUUUCAAACUUCGUGUAGUUCCUGCUUCUCAUUUGUCGAGUCGUUUGGGCUGGCUUACGCCUACCACUUGCUUCUCGAUUCGGUUGGAUUGAGCCGAGAGAGGGGGGGGCGAUACGACGGCGUACCUCGGCACCUGCGGUCCAAGCUUGCCCCUGAACUGUCUGAUCUCGGUGGCGAGAGCCUCUCUGUGCAGACACGGAUAGAGCUUGCUCACAACAUGCUCAAAGGCCUGGGGUUAACCUCAAACUUCGCGAAGCUAGUCGUGCUCUGCGGUCAUGAAUGCAAGACGACGAACAAUCCUUUCAAUGCGGCGUUCGAUUGUGGAGCUUGCGGUGGACACUCCGGAGAGCCUAAUGCCCGUGUGGCAGCCUCGUUGCUCAACGACCAAGAAGUACGCGAGGGUUUGCGGUACGAGGGCAUUGAGAUUCCAAGCGAUGUGUGGUUUGUCGCUGCCGUCCACAACACGACAACCGACGAAAUUAGCAUCUGUGACGAGCAUCUUAUCCCCGAGCAGCUUGCCACCGAAUGCGAGAAUUUGAACGAAUGGAUCGCGGAGUCCAGAACGGGCACAUGCGGUGAACGUGGGCCAUUGCUGGGAGCUACCGAUGAAUACGAGUUAGCAAAGAAAAGCAACGACUGGUCUGAGGUCCGGCCCGAGUGGGGCUUAGCCGGAAACGCCGCGUUCGUCGUGGCCCCCCGAUCGCGAACCGCCGGUCUCAACCUGGACGGUCGGGUGUUCAUGCACAGCUACGACUUCCGUCGCGAUCCUGAGGCUCAAGUUCUGGAGUCGAUCAUGACGGCUCCCAUGAUCGUGACGAACUGGAUCAAUCUGCAGUACUACGCAUCGUCUGUCGACAACCAAGCCUUCGGCAGCGGGAAUAAGGUGCUUCACAAUGUGGUUGGAAAGCUGGGAGUUCUGGAAGGCAACGGUGGCGAUCUUCGCACCGGGCUUACCAUGCAAUCGGUUCACACGGGUGCCGACUACCAGCACGAACCUCUCCGGCUGUUGGUCGUAAUCGAAGCAUCACGGCAAGCCAUCAGCGGUGUCAUUGAGAAACACGAAAACGUGUGCAAUCUAGUGACCAAUGGCUGGCUGAACCUUGUAUCCAUCGAUGAUGAUCGAUUCUACCGGUAUGCAGUUGAUGGAACGUGGAUUGAGUUAGGACAGCCCGUCGCAGCUCCUGUCUACCUCGAAGAGGAAACGGCCCACCGGUUUGGUGACUCCGCCUCGCCACGUGCCCUGUGGAUUCUGUGUAGCGAACCUUGCAUGGACCCUGUGGCUGAGGCUCUAUGCCAAAAUGGGAUGGCCUAUCCAUUGCGUUGGCCGGGCAAUUGUCCACGAGACGCCGAGGUCGCAGAGAAAACGCUCGAGUACGCUGUCGAAGAACUCGGAGUCGUGGAGAUUGUCGUAUGCGGUCAUUCCCUGUGCAAUGAAGUGCCAGGCGGAGCCGACAUUGUAAGUGGGACGCAUCAAGGAGAGAGAUUGUCUCUCGUCGAACGGGCACACCGUGGGCAGCGACUAACUCAACUGGCUAAGAACAAUGUGAUCGAACAAGUCGCAGCCAUUCAGAGUCAAUUCUCCUCCGCGUUGGCUGAAGAAAAGCCUUCAGUGAAGGUGCACGGACUGUUCUAUCUGACCGAGUCGCGAUUAUUCCUCUCGCUCGAUCAAGGUGAGUUCGUGCCGCUGCGGAAAUCAUCACACACAAAGGAGGCCGGAUGCGCUUGCUCAGAGUGA